AUGAUGUUAGGUUUCUGCAAAGUUGGAGCUAUAAGUGAUGAAAGUGUUAAACGUUUGUGUCUGUUGGAUCAAAUAGAAAUUCAAUUUGAAGAGGGAUCCGAUGAUAUCAAGGCUGAGUCUAAAGACGGUGCAGACCUAUCUGUUGGGAGACAGAAGAUCAUGUUGGAAUACAUGGCUGCCUAA